UAAAAGAAAUUUUUUAAUCAAUUUCACCACAGUUUCUCGAGUGGAUCGUUGUUACAAAGUUAGUGUUAAUUUUCGUGUUAAAAAUGAAGACACUGUCCGUUUUCUUGAUUGGAAGUUUCUUCGCACUCGCUGCAGCACAAUAUUACGGUGAUGAUUAUGCUGACGAUUAUGAUGCUCCUUCAGUUAGAGGGGCAUUCUUCAAAGGCGAAGAAGUCGUAAAGGUUAACAAAAAUGAAAACAAAGCAGCAGUUCCUUACUCUAAACCUAAUUCUCCUGAUCCUGUUGAGUCGAAAAGUAUCAGGGAUCAACGUUCUAAAUCUUCUCGCAAACGAAAACCUCAAAAACCUGAACGUGUAAGUCAAAUAAUUCCAGAUGUUUCGCGGGAAAGUCAAAUAACUCCAGAUGCUGCACGUGUAAGUCAAACAACUCCACGUGAAUCUCCAAAUGAAAUUAUAAAAAUUGCAGCGCGAGUAUUUACAAACAUUCUAGAAAUCUUAACAAAUCACACUGUCCAAGGUAUAAACAAUGUCGUCAAAAAUAUGAAUAAUCAUCGAGAUGGAUUAAUAAUUGUUGAAGCGAACACUAAAGUCGGUCAAGCUGUCGGUCAUGUUGCGGAGAAAGCUUUAAGAAUGUUUUUCAAACAAAAUUGGACUGGAGUUCUUGCUCAUAUAGUUCAAGAAGUUACAGAUCAAACAGUCGAAGCUGGAAAGGAACUGAUGUCUCGUAUUAGUACCUCGUCAGUGAUCGACAAGGUUAUGAACUUUGCUGCUGCCUGAAAUCUAAAUCCGAUUAAUUUGUCAAUUGUAUUGAAAGAUCUGAUAAUAAAUUGAAAUUCUGCACUA